GCGCAGUAAGACGAGUGUAAAGACAGGAGGUGAAGAAGGACAAAAAGCAGAGCUAAUAGCAACAACAUGCAACAGCUUCAAGAAGAAAGUCCCUGCUCAAGAGAUGAUGCUCUACCCUGGAGGGAGAGCCAAGUUUCUGCUCAGUGUGCUGACAAACUAGAGCAGUGGCCUCGAGAUCCAGAAUUACAACACAGUGAUAUAAAGGAGGAAGACCAAGAAGAGGAGACUGGGAUUAAUUCUAAUCCCCCUGAUGUCACACAGGUGGGUGGUAAACAUCCAAUAGCACCUGAUGGAGGCUGGGGCUGGGUGGUGCUGGUAGCCACCAUGUUUGUUCUGUCUAUGACAACUGGGUUCCCAUCAUGCAUUGGUAUCUUCUACAAUGACCUGCAAAUGGAGUUCAGUGCCAGCAACACAGAGACGUCCUGGGUGAUGGCCAUCAUGGUGUCUGCGAUGUAUGCUGGAGGAAUUUUAUGCAGUGUUUUAGUGGAGCAUUAUGGUUGUCGAGUAACAGUGAUUGUGGGUGGACUUUUGAGUGGACUAAGCAUGGCGGCCUCCUCACUCGCAAGGACCAUUGGUGAAAUUUACAUCACUAGUGCAAUCACAGGUCUCGGAUUCUGCCUCUCCUUCCAGCCCUCGGUGACUAUCAUUGGUCACUACUUUGUGUGCCGGCGCGUCUUUGCUAACGCUAUAUCAACCACUGGUACAGCUGUGGGCCUGAGCAUUAUUCCCCUCAUUUCCAAUGCUCUGCUCAGAUGGUUUGGCUUGCGUGGAAGUUAUCUAAUCCUUGGCGGGGUUCUGCUGAACUGCUGUGUAUGUGGUGCCAUUAUGAGGCCAGUUGCACCACGUCCAAAACAAUCAAAAAUAUCUGAAAAAAACAACAGCAUUUCUCCGCAGCAGGUGGAGAGAGGGCUAAAAGACAGAAUAAGCACUGCUCUUCUUCGCUUUGUGGCAUUUCUACACAAACAUAUGGCUUUUGACCUGCUGGCGAGUAAUGUCCGUUACCGUUGCUUUUGUGUGAAUGUGGCCUUGAUUGUGAUAGGUCUCUCAGUGCCUCUGAUCUACCUGGUCCCUUAUGCUGUCCUCUACAACAUCUCAGCAGACAACGCUGCCCUGCUGAUGUCUGUCCUGGGUUUUGUGAACAUCGCAGUGCGUCCAGCAGCUGCAGUCAUCUUGGGACUGCCUCGUUUCAGAGGCAGCAUCGUUCUUGUGUUUGUAUUCUGCAGUGCUUCGCUCACAGGAGGACUGAGUAACUGCAUCUGUGCAGCGUCUGCAUCCUUUGGAGCACUCCUGACCUAUGUGGUGAUCAUAGGGAUGUCCAUGAGUGUGACUGCCUCAUUGAUGUUUACUGUGCUGAUGGAUUUGGUGGAGUUGAGUCGCUUUCCUUCAGCUUUUGGACUUCUUUGCUUGUUUAAAAGCAUCGCGCUGCUAGUUGGGCCACCUCUGGCAGGCAUGCUGGUGGACCUCACAGGUCAAUAUUCAUAUGUUUUCUACGCGUCUGGUGUGUGCGUAUGCGCUGCCAGCCUCUAUCUGAUGGGAUUCUUCUUCUUCAUGGACAGAAAGGAAGACAGAGAGAGGAAGAGAAGCUUAAAGAAAGCAUCAGAAAACUGUCAGACACCUUUUGUAAAGUUGUCCCCUGACUGCCAUGAUGCCCUCCCAGGAAAUGAUUUAUAAUGUUCAGAAAACACAUUCAGUCCCAGAUCUGAUAGUCUGGACCCAAAUUUGAUUGUCAUGAAAAUGUUCAA